GCAGGUGCUCCACAACAACUCUCCAGCUCUCCACUCCACAGAGCGCAGCGGUCUUUGCCUACACUGACAGAGAGAGAGAGGAUCCAGGGACACGGUCAGAGAGCCAGAACUCUGCAUUCAGCCCAGCAAAUCCAGGUAGGCAUGGCAGAGUUAGAAAUCUUCCUGAGCGCGGAGCAGCUCCAGUGCUCCAUCUGCCUGGACAUCUUCACCAACCCGGCGUCCACGCCCUGCGGCCACAGCUUCUGCAUGACCUGCAUCGGGAGGUACUGGGACAACAGCAGGGUGUGCAAGUGCCCGCUGUGUAAGGAGACCUUCAGCAAGAGGCCCUGCCUGCACAUCAACCGCACCCUGAAGGAGAUCACCGAGCACUUCAAGGGCACGCACGGUCAGACCGGUCGGGCUGACCCCCGUCCCACCCCUGACAGGCUGUCCCUCGGCAAGGUCUCCCUGACCAGACUGCUGGGAAGAUCAGAGGAGCCUCUGAGCCAGAAGCACCAUGGCCAGCUGGAGCUCUUCUGCAAAACCGAUGAAGCCUUGAUCAGUGAGGGGUGUUUGGAGACAGACCAUGAGGCCCACAGGCUCAUUAAUAAGUCUCAUCUUGGCACCAGCCAGGCAGAAAUACAGGAGAUGAUCAAGGACCGGGUUAUUAAAACGGAAGAACUCAGGACAUCACUGGACAGAAUCAAUGUGUCCACGGAGAGGGAGAUGCAGAACACCAUGCAGGUGUUCAAGACCCUGGAAAACUCCAUUGAGAGUGCUCAGGCCAAGCUGCUGGAGGUCAUCCAGAUGAACAGGCUGGCGGCCGAACAGCAGGUCGAGAGCCUGAUCGAGGAGCUGGAGCAGGAGCUCAGCCAGCUGAGGAAGAGGAGCAGCAUGCUCACGCAGCUCUCGCAGCUCUCCCAGGCCGAAGACUACGCCCUCAUGCUCAAGCACUUCCCCACCCUCUGCACCCCUCUGCAAACAAAGAACUGGUCGGGCGUGUCGGUGAACUCUGACAUGUGUGUGGAGGAGAUACACAGGACAGUGUCACAGCUGGCCGAACGAUUCCAGGAAGAACUGCAAAGGCUGCCAGAAAGGAGCAUUCUUUUUCCAAUGGAGCCCUCCCCGAUGACACUACAGCCAAAAGAAACCAUGAUGCAAGACUAUGCAGUGGACGUGACAUUUGACUGUGCGACGGCCCACCCUAAGCUCGUCUUGUCUGAGGACGGGAAGCAAGUUUGGUGUGGAGACAAGACCAAGGCGGUCCCGAACAACCCAGAGAGAUUUGAUCGUGUGGUCUGUGUGUUGGGUCGGGAAGGUUUUACUGGGGGAAGGCACUACUGGGAGGUUGGGGUGGCAGGCAAGACAGACUGGGACGUAGGCGUGGCCAGCUAUUCCACACACAGGAAGGGCAAACUCAUCGUCAAACCCAGCCAUGGCUAUUGGUUCCUGAGCCUCAGGGACAACAGUAACUUCAACGUAAAGGCUCGAUCAUCACACUCUGCCAAACGCCACCCAGUGCCCCAAACAAUAGGAGUGUUUUUGGACUACGAGAGGGGACAGGUGUCAUUCUACAACGUAGACACUAAGACGCACAUCCACACUUUCACCGACACCUUCUCAAAAACCAUAUAUCCCUUCUUUAGUCCCUGUGGAAAUAAGUCAGGACGAAAUGAGGCACCCCUUGUUAUUACAUCAGUGCACUGAUGGAGACUCUUUACAGAGAUAGGGGCCAUCACUAUUCAUUUGCUUAUUUAGAAUGGCAUUGGGCACAUUACCCUUAUACAGAGUUUCUGAAGUCCAGUCCUGGGGACUGGCGUUGUAUGCUGGUUUUUGCCCCACCCAUACCAAGCUAUGAUAAAAGCAAAGCAUUGUGCACACUGCUUCAAUUUGUUAUAACAUCCUUAAUUGUAUUGUAUAUAUUGUUCAAAUAUGAAAUGGAAAAUUAUGUCCUUGCAGUCAUGCAGUGGUUGUUACAUUUGAAUAAAAUCAUGGUAGGUUUUAAAUAUUGUAAAGAUAAAGUACACUACUAAUAUCAUAACAUACUUUAAUUUCUUUCUGUAGGAUGUCUUUGUUGUAAUAUACUUGUAUUGAGGUGUGUGCUUAUGUUUUCGAUUUAACUGCAAGAGAUGUGAUGCCUUGUUACACAUGAAUGUGUUUAGUAAUAUCAACUAACAAUAUGCUGAACGUAUGUUGAAAUGUUUUUUUCCUUUUUCUUCUUAUUGAUACUUUUAAAUGAAUUCCAAUAAAUACCAUAAAAC